GCGACAAAUGGCAAACUAAGCGACGCGACCCUGAACUUUGAACUGGUAGUGAACUCGCAAGAAAUUUAACAGCAACAACAACAACAACAAUAUGGCCAGCCGGGGCCGCUUUCGCAAGUUGAACCAGCGCAACGCGGAGCUCGACACGGAGGCGAGUGGAGCGCUGUUGAAGUCAUCGCCAAACAUAUUGGAGAACUUUAAAUACGACGAGUUACAGGCACAGGCACGGCCACAGCCACAGCCACACGGCCAGCUUAAGCGCAUGGCUACCUUACCUGGGCAGGCUAAGAGGCCGCCCUCGCCCCGUUUCUGUGAGACGCUGGAGCAGCAUGCUUUUAUGAGGAAUGUGAUAAAUACGCGGCCGGAGCCGCAGCGUCGCUACUCGACGCCGGGCGAGAAGGAGGCACAUGUGCGACGUAGCCUGGAGGAGAUCUCCAAGGAUAUCAAGGAGAUCGAACAGUUUGUUAGCGCCACGGAGCAAUUGAUGCAGCGCGAAAAGGAGCAGGAGCGCCAGGCGGAACAGCAGGUGACAACUAGUCAGCGCAAACGUGAUAAGGAGAACAAGACACCCAGCCCAACCAAGCGGAUCAGCUUCAAGAUCAAUGCCUACAAGGCGCCGCAGCGUCGCCAGUGGCCACAUAGUCCUCGUUUCUAUCACUCGCGUCUGUACUUUCGCAAUGGACGCAUUGGAUGCGUAGAUGCGGAGCGUUCGGGUCAGAUUAGCAACAUUGAGAGCACCCAUGCACUGGUCAAGCACAUACUCAAGCACGAGAAGCCUCUGGUCAGUCCGGACAGCGUACGUCGAGUGUUGCAUCCACAGUACGUGGAGCGAACACCUCUGCCUGGCGCCGUGGACGAACCCGAUCCUGUGGCCGAGCAGCGUGCGGCGGAGUUGCGCAGUGCUACCGGACAGGUGCUGUUGGACCCAGCACCACAGCAGCGGGAACCGGAUCAAUGUGACCGCAGCUCACAGCCCAUGGAGGACGAAGACGAACAGGACGUGCAGAUCUGCUACAAUGAAUCACCGGAGCAGCAGAACAACGAUCGGAAUGUGCGCACCACGCGUUCCUCCUCGCUCAACGAGAGCGAAAUUGUCGCCGUUGUGGAGGCGGACACAAAUGCACGCCUGGAGCAACAACGUCCCAGCAGUACGGGCAGCCUGGACUCGCAGGGUCAGCAGUUCCUGCGCGACCAAGUGCGUCACUUGGUGCGCCGCUUCACAGCACGCGCCAACAAGGUGAAGUCGCGCAUAGAGCUGCCGCCGACGCCCUCCUCAAGCAGCGCCAGCUCGCCCACACCCCCGCCAGCGCAGGCUGCGCUGCAUGCGAGCACCAAGAGCCUACAUCCAUCGCCGGGACAUAAGGUGCGCCUGGUGCCCGCUGGCCAGUCGCCGCAUCGCGGACGCCUCUUCGAGGCGGACACGCCGCGCUCUAAUGUCUGGCUGUGCUCGAGUCUGUGUGGUGCCAACAAUGAUGAGCGCACGCUGGAUCCACAGGGCAAGAUCUAUAUCUCCUGGCUAUGUGUGGUCUCACUGUCGUUCCUCUACAAUGCUUGGGUUAUUCCGUUGCGUGCUUCGUUUCCCUUUCAAACCAAGGAGAAUACAAACAUUUGGCUCGCCUGCGAUUUCUGUGCGGAUAUCAUUUAUCUGCUGGAUGUGGUAUUCUUCAAGCAUCGGGUCAUGUAUCUCUUUGAGGGCUUUUGGGUUAAGAACAAGAAUCUAACGCGCAAAAACUACAUGAGAAAACUGCAAUUUAAGCUGGAUCUCCUCGCUUUGCUACCCCUGGAGCUUUUCUAUCUGAAGUAUGGGACGGGAGCUGUUUGGUUGCGUUUCCCGCGUUUCUUUAAGAUACAAAGCUUCUGGGAAGUCUUUCGACUUUUGGACCGAGUCAUCUCCUCGCCACAUUUCGUGCGCGUGGCCAAGACGCUGACGUAUAUGCUCUAUAUGAUUCACAUUACGGCCGCCCUCUAUUAUGCGUACAGCGACUAUCAGGGAUUGGGCCAGAAUCGUUGGGUAUUUAGCGGCAAGGGUCAUCCAUAUGUGAGAUGUUUUGCGUUUGCCACCAAGACGGCGACCUCGAUUGGCAAGAACCCGAAGCCGGAACGGCAGGGCGAAUAUGUGUUCAUGACGGUCGCCUGGUUGAUGGGCGUAUUUGUGUUUGCUCUGCUCAUUGGCCAGAUAAGGGACAUCAUUUCAACGGCCACGCGCAACAGGCACGAGUAUCGUCAGCUGGAGGACGAGACGCUUGAGUAUAUGAGGCGUCUAAAUCUCUCGCAGGAGGUGCAGUCACGAGUUAAAAUGUGGUUUCAAUUCACGUGGGAGCAGCAACGCACGUUGGAUGAAUCCAACAUAUUGGAUGCGCUGCCGAUCAAUCUGAAGACGGACAUUGCCAUUUCGGUGCAUAUACAAACCCUGUCCAAGGUGCAACUGUUCGCCGACUGUGAGGAGGCUCUGCUUAGGGAUCUGGUGCUGAAGCUACGCGCUGUGACCUUUUUGCCAGGCGACUUUGUCUGCCGCAAGGGUGAAGUGGGCCGUGAGAUGUACAUCGUUAAGCUGGGUCAGGUGCAAGUCAUGGGCGGACCGGGCAGCGAUGUUGUCCUGGCCACGCUAACCGAGGGCUCCGUUUUCGGAGAAAUCAGUCUGCUAGGAAUUAACGGUGCGGAUCGCCGCACUGCCGAUGUGCGCUCUAAGGGCUAUUCCAACCUGUUUGUGCUCUCCAAGUCGGACCUCAACGAGGUGAUUGCCUAUUAUCCAAAUGCCCAGGCGAUCCUCAAGAAACGCGCUCGACAACUAAUGCGCAAGAAUGCAGCACGCGAGCGCGAGGAGGAGGAGCGUGAACGCGCACGUAGCGCUCUGCAGGCUGAUGUUGUCAUUGGCAAUCCCAAAACGCCUGAGACUCCGCCCAAGCUGCUGCAAACUGUUAUCCAGGCGCUGCCGUAUGAAUCACCCGCUGUGGUGCUCAUUACACGUGGCUCGAAGCGGGUGCGCCGCAAGCGACAGUCGCUGCAAAUGGAGACGAUUGUGGAGCCAGCCCAGGACGUGGUUGGCUGCGCUGAAGGCCUCCAGCAGGCAGGCCAUAUGAACCGGGAUAGUCUGAUAUUGAAGCCCGGUCGCGGCUCACCGGACCUACUCUCGUCCAUUCAGCAGGAGCUCAAGACCAAGCACAAGUUCAUCAAUCUGACCGACUCGGAAAAGGCGUUGAUCAUCACCCAAUCGGCUAACAAUUCGAUGGAGUGCGUGCAGGAAGAUGUUUAGUCCUCGAAUAUAUUCUAUGUGCUAUAAAUGUACUAAUUCUGCGAUAUAGUUAUGUGUAUGUCCAUAUGCUUUAUAGAUACAAGUUGUCUAACAAUAUGCUUUAUAUUAAAAAAGUAGCUUUAACUGAACUGAACUGGUUUUAAGAA